AUGGCUUCCCAACUCCAAUUCAUCGAGCCUGCCGGCACAACUACCACAUCAAUCAUACAAUCAGUAUCCUCUGGACAAUACGGUUCAUCAAAAUCCAUCGCAGCAGGACUUCGUUCUCUUCGGGACCAGAACUCAGAACCGAUAAUACAAUCUACUGGACAAUCGACUACUACUUCGGCCUUUACCAACCGGUUCAACCCUUCUGCGCAGCUUUCACAGCAUCAGAAUCCUUACGUCUCUGCGAUUCCCUCUCAGCGACCUCGUCCCCAAGUACCUUUGUUUUCACAAUCAACUGGGAGCGUACCGCGAACUCCAAACAUGGCUUUGCAAGGUAAUUUGGCACAUGCACAUUCACACGCACCUUUCCGCAAUGACUCACAUUUACAUGCAGACAUGGAUCUUUUUGAUGAAUUCACUGCUUUCGAGGGUGGUGCCUCGACACAAAACUCAUACUCCUCAGCUUAUUCCUCUCCUGCUGUUGCAACAAUGUAUGACCCGAUCAACAACUUGUCUAGCUCAAGCUCUUUCAAUAUGGGAACCGUUUCACCUCAAGAUCUAUCUCUUCGCGACUCGUUCGCCUCUGCUCCCAACUCGGCUGCCUUUACGAACUUGACCUCUCCUUCGACGUUCAACGAGUCCCCUGCGUACGAUCAUGAUUACGAGUCUCCUUAUAUCUCUCAUGAUGCGCUCCAGGAACAAACCAAGGACCAUAUUGCUAUCCAAGGCGAUCCUUGGUUUUCUCUUUUUCCUGAAGAUGAUGCCCCCGUCGAACUACCAAACGUCGAUAAUUCUCCUUUACUAGUAGAGGAAGAACUGGAAGUCGCCGACCAACUCAACGAGAAAAAGGAUAGACAUCGCAGAUCUGGCUCUGCCAUACUUUCACCAUCAGCAACUUCAGGUAUUCGAAAGUCCCGCGAAAAGGCCUUAUCACCCAUCAUCGUUGAAAAUCCUUCAGACCUCAAGGCAAUGAAAAGAGCUCGUAACACUCUUGCCGCUCGAAAGUCUCGACAAAGGAAGAUGCAAAGAUUCGAAGAACUGGAAGAUCAAAUCGCAAAAUUAACCGCUGAACGAGAACACUGGAAGAGCCUCGCUUUAAAAAGGAACGCUUGA